CCUUGGAUAAAACGGGGCGAAACCCGGCCUUCAUCAUGGACAUCGGUCUAUCACGCCUGUACUCCGAUAUCCUUCAUUUCUUCAUCUCUUUUAUCCGAGUCCUGUUCGGUGGCCUGGCUGUGCCCAACAUUUGGGUUAGACGUUCGAGCUACACGGUCGUUGGGAAAAGGGAAGCGAGCCGUGGGAAUUUUGAACGCGUCGUACGUACCUAAAUCACACUUCUCUUCCUCGGCGGCCCUUUCUGUCUCGAUGGAUACUCUCACUCCUCCUCCCCGUCCUAUCCUUCCCUCUCGCAACACCUCCCCCGAAUACUUAGCUUUGUCUACAUCGUUCCAACGUGUCGAACCUACAAGGCUCAGGCUCGUCGAACCCAAGCGCCGUCAAACAAGAAGAGAAUACACCAACUACAGAGCGAAGUGGCGAGCACGAGGAGAACAAGCCCCCGCCAACCCCGUGCAGGAUCUUGCGAAUGCAGCCAGUGCGGAGAAGAUUUUUGGGACAAUGAAAUCGAAUCUUACGGCUAGGAAAGGAAACGAUCCGUACAACUAUGAAGAGGAAUACCCUGAGGAUGUCACCUACGAAGAAACAGCACCGAAUGCUCCAAGUAGUGAACACGGUACUCCUGCCUCGCCCUUCGACGAUGCUCCGAAGAUUUUGAGAAAGUGGUUCAAGCAGGCCGAGGACGCAGAGCCAGGCUCCAUCCUUUCAAUAAGUUUGGAUGAAGAUGCAUACCAGUGUCUUGAAGAUAAUCAAGACACUGUCAACGAAGUUGUUCGCGGACGACACAGAGCCAUGAUCACCAUUCGCACAUAUGUGCAUGGAUGCAUCUUUACAGUCCUGACAAACACAUUGAGGCGGAACCCCGCGAACCCUUCGUCCUUGGAGAUAGUGUGCAACAUUGACCUUCCUCUCGCCGAGAAGCACAGGAAAUAAAUUGACAUUGGUUUAGUCGAUAGAGGCUCAGAGAACGGGAAGGACAUGGAGGCAGACUUUCGGUGGCCAGUUGGUGUCAUCGGAGUGGGACAUACCGAGAGUGGAAAGUCCGGAGUGAUUCAGCUCGCCUGGUACUCGGCAUGGGAGGCCUAGUAAUAUUCGCCAUUGGAUCCAAGGUGCACGAUCAUGAUGAGGGACGCCUUGAUC